CUAUAAAAGAUACAAUGCCAGAAAUUGUAUUGGUUAUUCACAAACGUAUACUAUUAUAUCAUAGUUGAUCAAUAUAUUGGAUUUGUUUUAGUUCAUACGGAUACCUAGUGGUAAUUUGUUGCAUAUUGUUGUAAGAAGGUGUUAUAAAUAACUAUAUGCACUUGCUGUUUGCAUCAUUAUCAAAAGAAUCAAAUGACAAAAAGAGUGUAAAAAUUGCAAGCGGCUAUUUCUUUACUAACACUAACAGCUGAAUACAGGGGCAUUUAAUUGCUUGGUCAAUGCGACACUGUUUUAAGACGUAGAUUUACCAAAAACAGGAAGCGUUUAGAAUAUUAUGAAAUAUUGGAGGAGGUAAAGAUAGGUCUUGAGUAGACAAAAUGGGAGAGGAGCAACUGGCAGAAACCGCUACUGCCUCAGCAUAUAAUAUAGUAGAUACAUCUCGACUGUCAACAUUUGUUAUAUCAAUUUUACUUAUAGUCUAUGGAAGUUUUAGAUCUUUAAAUCUUGACAGAGAAAAAAAGUUAGAAAAAGAGAAAUGUGAAAAAGAGAAACCUCCAGGAUAUAUACCUACUACUGGUAAUAAUGAAGUUAACACUGAAAAUCAAGUCCAGACAAUUGAUAGUUGUCAAGCGAUGUUUUUACCUUUAGGAGCCUCCGCAUCCCUACUCAUAAUGUUUUUCUUCUUUGAUUCCUUACAAAUGGUGUUUGCAAUCUUUACAGCAAUUUUAGCAACUGUUGCAUUUGCUUUUUUAUUACUACCCAUGUGCCAAUACAUGAUACAGCCAUGUGCUAGUGGUCAAAAGAUUUCUUUUGGUAUUUGUGGAAGAUUUACAGCUGCAGAAAUUCUCUCUUUUUGUUUAUCAUUUUUUAUUGUCUGUGUUUGGAUCUUAACUGGACACUGGCUGCUCAUGGACGCACUUGGCAUGGGUUUAUGUGUAGCAUUUAUUGCUUUAGUUCGAUUACCUAGUCUCAAAGUUUCAACCCUUUUAUUAGUAGGACUUCUUGUAUAUGAUGUCUUUUGGGUAUUUUUCUCUUCUUAUAUAUUUAGUGCCAAUGUAAUGGUUAAAGUAGCAACCAGACCAGCUGAAAACCCAGUGGGCAUGCUAGCCAAAAAACUCCAUUUAACUGGUUUUGUUCGAGAUGCACCAAAAUUGUCUCUUCCAGCCAAAUUAGUUUUUCCCAGGUAUUCUCAAAAUUCUAGUCAUUUCUCAAUGCUGGGAUUGGGAGAUAUUGUGAUGCCCGGUCUAUUACUCUGUUUUGUUCUCCGGUAUGAUGCUUACAAAAAGAAUCAAACAGGAUCAGCUGAGACUGGUAUUCCUCCUACACCAUCAUAUGUACAAAAACUCACCUAUUUUCACUGCUCUUUAGUUGGAUAUUUUCUAGGCUUGUUAACAGCUACCGUUUCUUCCGAGAUGUUCCGAGCUGCCCAACCAGCUUUACUCUACCUCGUACCAUUUACAUUACUUCCACUGCUCACAAUGGCAUAUCUAAAGGGUGAUUUACGAAGAAUGUGGCAUGAACCCUUUAUAGCUAGUGUUCCUUCUAAACAUUUAGAAGUGUAGCUAAAAUUCCACGGACUGUGUAACUGAAUCUUGUCAUUAAUUUAUUGUGAUGUGAGGAAACAAAAAAACAUUUUUAUUAAAAAAAAAUUAUGAGUACUGUAACCUAACCAAGGAAAGACCUUCAGCUGCUAAGUCGAGAAAUGGUUGUCUAAAUGACUAAAUUAAGACUAGCAAAAGAGCUUUUUAAAUACAGUAGUGGCAACAAUAUUUGUGUGCAAUAAAAGUGAAAAUUGUCUUACUACCUGAGGUAUGGUGUGUGAGGGUUACUUUGGUUUUAGCAAAGUAAUAUAAGAAUAAAUGGACAUGAUAGAUGAACUAAAUACAUAGGAUAAACUUUGUUAAAGCAGAGUUAUCUUAUUAAAUUGCUCUUCGGAGGUGGACAUUCUUCAAAACAAUGUUAAGAGAUGUAUAAAAGUUAUCAAGAAUGGUGAUGAAAAUAUUUUGGAUAGGUCUAGAUAAAAGGUUAUGGAAGAGUAUAGUUUAUUGUGUAAGGUCAUCGAAGUGUCCAAUUGACUGUGUAAUAAAGAAUCACAAUAUAAUAUAUUUUACAAUAUUGUUGUAGGUCAAUUUUCCAUGUAUCAUUCUUAUUAUUUGUUCAAACCAUGUUAUGUCAAAUCAUGUUUAUUUUACUGAAUGUGAACAGUACCAAUAGUAUCACAUGGGCAUCUUCCCACAAACUGGUGUAGCAUGAAUAGUAUAGGCUAUCCUUUUUUGUGUUAGCUCAGCUAAAGUUAUGCGAAAGUGGCGUUUUCUCUCUGCUCAUCUUGAUGUUGAUAUACUAAAAUAUUUGUGAUAUGUUAUUGUAACUUUCUGACGUGUAUGUUUUUUUCAUUUUACAGUUUAAUCCUGAUUACUUUCAAAAUCACUUAUUUAAAUCAUUUCCAUAUAUUGUAGGUUGUUUUGUCAUGAUUCAUCAACUCACUGAACAAACUAUAUAAUUAUAGAAAAUUCUCACAUUUUCAAUUGUUUAAUCCUUUGCCCUCAAAAUUAAGCCUACAAUUAAUUUAAGUGAUGCUAUGUGGAUUUAUGUAAAUGGUGAAUUACAUUGACAUUUGAUAUAUGAACCUACAUACAAUGAUUUUGAGACCAGUACUAUAUUUGAAAUAAUAUGUAUUUGGGACUUGUCUUUUCUGCAUAAAGACAAAUAUCUCUCAAUGUAAUUAGUUACAUAGUUAUAAUACAUUAGAUUACAGAUACAGGUACAUGGAAACUCAUAUUUCCAUAUCAGCUAAUGAGCUUGUAACCAGUGCUACAGGAAUAUAACAGUACUUGAUUUAAAGAAUUUUUUAUACAAACUUUUAAAGCAAAAUAAACAUUUAUAAAUGUUAAUAUUUUUACUGUGAAUGAUUUUAGUAAGGAAAAAUUUAAAAGAUUUUUAUUUACCCACUUUUUUAAAAAUUGAAUUAUGAUUUUAGGUAUGUUCUCAUACUAAAGAUUGAUAGUUUCUGUUAAAGUACAUUUUAUUUGUUUUUACUAAAUCACUCUGUAAUGCAUAUGUAGAAGAUAUAAAAAAAAGCAUUAUAUUUGGAUUAAAAUCGUUUUCAUAACAAUUAUAUAUCAUAAUUCAUAUAUAUAUAUAUAUCCUGUAUAUCCUGUUUACAUUAAAGGACAAUUUUGGUGUCAGUCAUUAUCACAUAUGUGAUAGAACUGGUUAAACACAUUCCAAAUAUAAUUUUAACACAAGAGAUCAUUGCUACGAUAGAUGCGUAAUGAAGGUUUCAACAAUCAGAAGUGACGAACGCAAAAGGAAAACACGCGUUAUCCCUCUAUAUAACUGACGUGCAAAUUUCUGCUCACUAAUAAUUCCUUCGAAGACCAAAAGUUGUUAUAUGAGACUGUUGAAACCUUUAUUACGCAUCUAUUAGCAAUAAUCUCUGUGUUAGAAUUAUAUUUGGAAGUGUGUAACCAGUUCUAUCAAAUAUGUGAUAAUGACUGACACCAAUAUUGUCCUUUAAUAAACUCAAGUUAAUCAAUAUAAUUUAAUAAUUGAAAAUCAGUUUAUAUUUUAAAAUAAUGUUGGAAAACAACAUGAAAAAGUAUACAAUGUGUGUAGACAAAUGGAAUGGGUGAGUUUUUGAUGUUUUUAUAUGUCCAUGUAGCUGUGUAUGGAAAUAAAGACAGUUAUUACCAAGUGUUGA